GAGUGUGUGUGCAUUGAGGAAUGUGUUUUGAUCGACAUCUGUAUCUUUGUAUGUGUCUACUUGUGUGUCAGGAAGAUACGUUUGUAUAUUUGUGUGUGUGUGUGCAUGUGAGAGACAGAGAUGGUUUGUUUGUUGGUAUUUGUGUGAUUGUGUGUUCGUGCGUGCAUGUGUGUGUGGGAGGGGUGAAAGCGCGGUGGUUUGUAUGUUUGUAUUUGUGUGACUGUGUGUGUGUGGGAGGGUCCUGAGGCUGCAGUAUAAAUAGUGGGGCCUAGGGACAGGGUAGAGAUCAUGUGGAGGAUGAAGGCUGUUCCUGGGAACCCUCUCCUGCUGCUGCUGCUGCUGCUGGUGGGCCAGGCUCCCCCGCCAGCUGCUGGACACACCCUCAACAGUCCCGGAAGUCAGCCCCAGCACAAAGUCUUGCACUUGGAUUGGCCAAAGGACUGCGGCAUGUCCCACUUCAAACCCAACAUGGCUGAACGUAUCGUCUCUGGUAACGAGGCCCGACCUCACUCAUGGCCGUGGCAGGUGUCCUUGCAGGUCCGUCCUCGGGGCAGUAAGCACUACAUCCAUGUGUGUGGAGGAACACUCAUCCACAAGAACUGGAUCCUUACCGCUGCACACUGCUUCCAGAAGGGGAAAGCAGAAGAUGCUGGUAGCUGGAGGAUUGUUGUGGGGAAGCACCAGCUGAAGCGGUCUGAGAAACCUGAAAGGAUUUUCCCAGUGAAGCGUAUCUACAGGCAUGAGCACUUCCGUUACCCAACCCACAGUGAGCUGGACUAUGACAUUGCCCUGGUGAAAGCUGGCACAGACAUCGUGCCAUCCAACUUCAUUCGCUACGCCUGCCUGCCGCGCAAACAGACCAGUCUCAAACCAGGCCACUACUGCUGGGUCACUGGCUGGGGGGAUACACGAGGUGGGAAGGAGAACGUGUCUCUGGCUGAGGCUCUGAACCAGGCUCGUCUGCCCAUCAUUGACUUCAAAACCUGCCGGCAGAAGAAGUUCUGGGGUGAGCGUGUCAGAGACUCCAUGAUCUGUGCUGGCUUCAGAGACACCGAAGGUCCACCUGCAGCUUGUCAGGGGGACUCCGGUGGUCCUCUGCUGUGCCAGGUGGGACACGACAGCUGGGAGGUGCAUGGGGUGGUGAGCUUUGGACCAAUUGGCUGCACAGUGGAGAACAAACCCAGUGUGUUUACACGCACAGCAGCCUACAUUCCCUGGAUCGAGGCCACACGCAUCAGAGACUUCUUCCUUCACUAAGCCUCUUCAAAUAUCCCAUACCUCGCCCAACAUCCUGUGUCUGGGGACCUGGAAAUAUACUCCUGCCUAGUCCCUGUAUUUUAAGAACUUGUAAGACUUGUCUAUGGUUAGGAUAUCAGCAUCUGUGACACACUCACAGAAAACUGGCUAGCUGGCCUAUUUCCCAGGUUGAAGCUCUAAUAUGAUUAAAGGAGAUACACACCACAGCAUGGACAGCACAGCAGUGGCUUCUACAAGCCUCUGAUCUGACUUCUUUAUUUAACACAAUACCUAGUUUAUUUACCAAUUAAAGUUUAUAAUAGC